GGAAUCCAAUUCCAUAAUUAAGUAUUUAGCUGGAGAGUCUAAUGCUUGCCUAUGACAGCGCUUUUGCCUGUGAGUGUGUAGCUGCGCGCUCCCAGCUCGUCUGUUGAUGCGAUUCGUUGCUACAGCAUUCAGUGAGACCCGUUCGCCAGCUCGGCACCGCCUCCGCUCAGCGUGCAGCUUUAAGAAACUGAGUCUGCGCAAUGGGGUCCCGAGUUUAGUGGUUGGGCUGCGGUGAAAAUUAACCAGAAAAAUAUAGAAUAAAGGAGAAUCAUUCUACCAAGGAAUAACGAUUGGACCCAGGACCUGAGACUGGAAAGCCGAGGCAGACUGAGGGGGGAAUUUGGGGAGAGCCAUGGCGGGGGUGGGAGUGAAGAGGAGGAAAGCGGGGCUCCCUGGUUUCUGCUGGAAAACCUGCUAUUUUCAUAUUUUAUUCUGGGUUGUCUCAGUCUGUGGAGAAGAGAAGACCUUCAUCGUUGAGACUUGGCUGAAGAACUAUGGCUACCUGCUCCCGCACGACAUCCGGACCUCGGACCUCCGGUCGGAGAAAGCCAUGCAGUCUGCGGUCGCUGCCAUGCAGCGCUUCUACGGGAUCCCGGUCACGGGGGUACUGGACCAGACCACCAUCGAGUGGAUGCGGAAACCACGCUGUGGGGUCCCUGAUCACCCCCGGAUCAGCCGCCGGAGGCGAAACAAACGCUAUGCUCUGACAGGCCAGAAAUGGAGACAGAAACACAUCACAUACAGCAUACACAACUUCACUCCCAAAGUGGGGGAGAAGGACACGCAGAGGGCCAUCCGCCAGGCCUUCGAUGUGUGGCAGACUGUCACGCCGCUCACCUUUGAGGAGAUCCCUUACUCGGAGAUCAAGAGCGAGAGGAAGGAGGCCGACAUCAUGAUCUUCUUCGCCUCUGGUUUCCACGGCGACAGCUCUCCCUUUGACGGUGAAGGAGGCUUCCUGGCCCACGCCUAUUUCCCGGGCCCCGGAAUCGGAGGGGACACGCACUUCGACUCGGACGAGCCUUGGACACUCGGCAACGCCAAUCACGAUGGUAGGAAAUCAGCCAAAAUGAGACUAGGAAAUGACUUGUUCCUGGUGGCGGUUCAUGAGCUGGGCCACGCCCUGGGGCUAGAACACUCCAAUGACCCCAGUGCCAUCAUGGCCCCUUUCUACCAGUACAUGGAGACACACAACUUCAAGCUACCCCUUGACGAUCUUCAGGGCAUACAAAAAAUAUAUGGCAUCCCCACCGCCAUGUUGGAGCCCACCAGGCCCCUACCCACACUCCCCGCCCGCCGGACCCACUCCACCUCCGAGCGGAAACACGACCGGCAGUCCCGACCACCACGUCCACCCUCCGGGGACAAGCCGUCCUCUCCCGGUACUGGAAAACCCAACAUCUGUGACGGAAACUUCAACACUGUGGCCUUCUUCAGACGUGAGAUGUUCGUUUUCAAGGACCGUUGGUUCUGGAGACUGCGCAACAACAAGGUGCAGGAGGGUUACCCGAUGCAAAUCGAGCAGUUCUGGAAAGGCCUUCCCCCUCGGAUUGAUGCGGCUUACGAAAGAUCGGAUGGAAAGUUUGUCUUCUUUAAAGGUGAUAAGUACUGGGUAUUCAAGGAGGUUACCGCUGAGCCAGGAUACCCACACAGCCUGGUGGACCUGGGGAACUGCCUGCCACGUGACGGCAUUGACACUGCCUUGCGCUGGGAGCCAGUGGGCAAGACCUACUUCUUCAAAGGGGACCAGUACUGGCGCUACAACGAGGAGAAAAGGGCCGCUGACCCCGGGUACCCCAAACCCAUCACCGUCUGGAAGGGCAUUCCUGAGGCCCCGCAAGGCGCAUUCGUCAGCAGGGAAGGCUUCUAUACCUAUUUCUACAAAGGCAAGGAUUAUUGGAAGUUUGAUAAUCAGAAGCUGAACGUGGAGCCUGGAUACCCCAAGUCCAUCUUGAAGGACUGGAUGGGCUGUGACCAAUCGGAGAUGGAGAAGAACAAAGACCGGCAGUUGCCCCACGAUGACGUAGACAUCAUGGUGACCAUCAACGACGUGCCCAGCACCGUCAACGCCAUUGCCGUGGUGAUCCCCUGCAUCCUCUCUCUCUGCAUCCUGGUCCUAGUCUACACCAUCUUUCAGUUCAAGAACAAAGGCGUGCAGCAGAACGUCACCUACUACAAACACCCCGUACAGGAGUGGGUAUGACAGGCUUGGUCAAGCUGCCGCCUGCAGAUAUUGUCCAGAGGGCUACAAAAAAAAAAAACAGUUGGAGCACCGUGUGACCAGUGCCUGCCUUGCACAACCGUGGCGUGGCGGGGUGGAGUUAUUCAGACCCCGCCCACUUCAUUAGACCCUGACGAUCGUCGAGAAGUUUGUAUGUUAUUUAGCAUGAGCCGAAGCACAAACCGGCUGGGAGCCCCCGGACUUGCGGAAAGCGGGGCGCCUCCCUACCCCCCUCCCCCCACCCACCUCCCACGGCCACUCUUAUCAGGCUGUUUCACCGCAUUUGUUCUUACACCCCCGACCCCCCAGGACUGCCCCCGGCCCUCUCCACUUCGGGGGUCCAGGGAGCCUCACCACAGCGCUUACAGCCAGAUACCAGCAAACCUGCGUCUCCUCUUCCCACAACGACUUGUACAUGAAGUUCAAAUUACAUUGAGUAAAACAAUGAGGUGAGAGGGUGGAGGGGGAGUACAAAGCGAAACUAACAACAGAUGUAGGUAGAACAGCCAUAGAAGAGAACACUUCUGAUUUUUUCUUUUCUUCCUGUGGAUCAUUUCAUCAUUUCAGUUUAUGAAAUGUCCAUGAAUCAGUUGAAGGAAGUAGGCAGUCUUUGUGCGUAAAUGGACGUUUUAUACUCCCCAACUAUUUCUGUGCUGAGUUCGGUCAACGCCGAGGCUGGUUUUACGACAGUCCUCCUGUGGGCCAGCCAUCACGGUGGCUGCUUCCAAGCACAGACUUUCGGCCUUUUCAACUGAAUGAAGGGGGGGGGGGGGUUGUCCAACUGACAUGUCUUGCAUUAAAAGAGGUUGGUGGUAUUAAUAAUAGUAUGACUUGCUAAAGUCCUGUGGCUGUUCACAAUUUUUUUCCCCAUGACUCCGUGUGACAGACGUGCAGCGAGUACCUUGGUGGCUUACGAAGGCCUGGAAUGAUGUAACGAGUAAAGAUGGGGCCAGAUGACCUGCUGUUUUUAAGCAGCCUUAGUCUCUCCCACACUUCUCUCGCACUCUUUCUCUGCUCCUCUCUGUCUAUCUAUUUAUCUUAAUAUAUAUAUAUAGAUAGAUGGAUGUUUUCUUAAAUGUUAUCAUUGUGUUGGUGUUACUGAACCAUACCAUAUUAGGACUGAUGCAUCACUAAGCAUACUGUAUUAGUGAUUUCAGUAACUGAUCUGCCUGUGGGAAAGUCAUAGAGGCAGGGGCGGGUUUGCUUGGUGUACCACAGGACUGAAGCCAAUUUAAUAUUCCUGUCCCUACGGAAAAUGGCUAAGAGGGUCUAGCGUCUGUACUUUAUUGUUAAACUCCUCCAAAACAUUACAUUUUGCUUUACGUCAUCGCACCAAUAUGCACAUUGCUUAUGGUUCAUACAUUGCCUCAGCUGUCAGCCAUUUUAAUUUUCACUAAAUGUAUUUGAAGUCACUGUUGAGAUUAAAGGUAUUACUUGAUGACACUGUUUCUGUCAGGUCAGACUUAACUUUGACCCCAAUGGGGUCUGUUCUGUGGAGUGGUCAGUCUCAUUGGCUGCUCACAGCUGUUCUGCUCAGUUCACAGACAGCAUGUACUUCAUUUGCUGUUCGCCUCGGCAGAAUGGGGGCACCUAUCCGACCACUCUUCACGUCACCUCCAUUAUAUCAGCUGCCUCUGUUGAAAACUGACGUAGGCGUGUCCUUGAUGAGUAACCGUUAUAUGAUUCAUGCAGAGUUUUGACAACAGGUGUCAGUGUGCACAGGGAGUGGCCUAACAAUUAAGCUUUUGAAAUUUUUAAGCAAUUGGGUGGUAGUUCAACAAAAAUUAAUUUCUCUUUUGUUUUGUGGUGUACUGCUUACAUUUGCUUUAAAGAAACACAUUACAAGCUUGUUAUGAAAAGAAGUGCUGACAGACAUUUGCAUUCCGUUUGUCUGCAAUACUGCUACAGUUAGCCACUGUGGGACUUACAUCAUUAAUGUAUGCCUCAUUGACUGAUAUGAGUGCACACUUUUAAUUUCACUAUAUGGACAGGUAGAAAUGAGACUAAUGGCCAAAAUGUAUGAUUUGUACAAAGCUUACAGCAUAGCUGAGAUAAUUAUGAUACUGCCAAAAUUAGACUGUUAAACUAUUGGACAUACAAUAGUUGGACACAAAAUAGUCAUCUGGGAAUUUUUUUUAUUUAACAGCUAUUCAGAUUUAGAAUUAUGCUUUAAAAGAAAGUAAAUUAGUUGUUAUAGUCAUUAGGUUCACCUGCCAGAUCUUGAAAAAACCAUGUAAUGGAGUCAACUUUUUGUCACUUAUAUUUCACUAUAUUGCCUAUUUCAUAGAUAGGCUGCAACUGAACCAACUGAAGUAUGUCUGGGCUGGACAGGGUCGUUAGAAGGACAGCUUUGGGUUGUUUGGAAACAGCCAAGGAACUAAAGACAAUUACAGGAAUAACAACUGCCCUUGUGAUUCAAUAUUGAAUUCACCAAUAUGUACAGUCUUCAUAUCUUUUCAUCUCUUAAGCCUGGAUCAUUAUUUGUGGCACCAUUAUGCCAGAUCUAAGCUAAGAGGAAAUCUUUUACUUUGUAAUACUUUUUUUUGCCUACACUGGUGAAAGAGGGCGGUAUAUUCUUUGGCUAGUUAUCUGGGUGACCUUCUCUUGCUCUGUAUGGGUGUGGUCCCCACCCCUGAGAGCAUAGGUUUCCUUUAUUUCUGGAAGUUUACAGGUCAGUUUCUCAUUUGUCUACAUUUAGGCUUUCCUCGAGAAUGUACUAUAGGAAUCACAGCCUUCAGAAAGGUUUGUCCAGUACAGCCCUUCCUCAAUCUCUGCUCUUUGUAUUUACUUACACAAUGUUAUCAGAUGCACACGUGCUUGUAGCACCCAUCAAACUUCUGACCUGAGCAACGUUUGUUGCUUCCCAGUCCUUCUUACUUGAAUCUUUCAAUAUCUUGGGCUGGUGUUGCUUGGCCUGAUAAUGACUGGUUAUAGUUGCAGAACAGAGGUGUUCAUUUGUGAAAUUUUGCCAGUUGCCAGUAGGUAAAAUGACAUGCUCAAGUCAAAACCACUUCUUGGCAUCCUCAGCCAAUGGUACUUACCAGGAAUAGGUGUUGACUUCCUCUGAAGACUUGGGUCUGCAUUACUGAGUUUCUUGAAGUCCUUGUGAAUCUAGUCUUACUAUGUGACAGUGUGAGGGUUUUUUGGUUCAGCUAUGACGAUGGUUAAAAUGGAAGUACCAGAUGGUUGUGAUCUCCAUCCAGAUUCAUUCACUGCUUCCAUUCUUCACCCCAAUGAUUUAUUCAGUCUAUUUACUCAUUCAUUCUCCAAUGUUGUUGAUUUCUUUCGUGGUAACCAAACACUGUUGUCAAGAACACUGCAGAAGGCCUAAAGUGACGUCAUCACACUGUAUUGUGAUAAACAAACUGACAGUAUUAAGUGUGAAAGAACCUUUAUUUGGAUCAGCAUCUUUACGAGAAACAUACUAAAGAUUCCAAACUAAUAUUCUCUAACUGACGCUAUUAUGGGUCAUUUCUCAAGGUAUUUGCGGGUGUAUCCAGAGUAGAAUCCUUUAGUUCUACAUCCCGAGAGGUUCUGGCUCUUCUUUUAGCCUGUGGGCUCUGUGAGGGACUAACCACUUUUAGUUUGUGCUGGUUGCCUGCAAUCCAACACACUUUAAAAUUGAUGUUCCUGCUGUGUCUGGCCUGGUUUUCACAGAACCUGCUUGACCAUCUCAGAAUUCACAGUAGUUAUUUUCUGAUGUGCCAUUUUGAUUUUGUAACCAGUCUGGGAACAGAACAGUGCACUCGCUUAGAAUAUUUUUCAGCAUCGCAUUCUCUUGAGGAAUUGCUCGUCUUCCAGAAAAGAUUCAACAUCCUGAAGUACCCUCUGAAGUAGACUGUACUGGCUGUGCUGGUGUCUGCCUUAAAAGCUUUUGCUGGUACUACAUUAAGACUUGGUGCCUUGUCUGGAAAUUUGCAGUGGCCUGCUCGAUUUCUAUCUCUUUCAGUUGAUCGACAUGAACAAUGCACUUUUAGCUUGUUAAUGAUCAGAGGUAAUACACAAGUCUCUUCCAGGGAGACCCACUGUCUAUGCUUUUUUAUGCGUAGUAUUUUAUCAUUUUAAGAUAUCAGCUAAUACUUUGUUUUUUGAGCAGCCCAGCUACAGGCCAAGACAUAGCACAGUAUCAGAGCAGAUUGUUGGCAUUUAGUCUGAAUAAGCAGUACUCGUUUAUUUAUUCAUUUAUUUUUUUUGGGGGGGGGGGGUGGGCUGGGGGGUAAAAUGGCUUAGCAGUCUUGCACAGGCUGCAAUGAACACUGAAAAGCUUUGGUCUGUUUAGGAGCCUUUAUGCACUCCACCCAUUGCCAUUCUUCUACCUUCUCUGUUAGUCUGUGUGCCACUAAAAGUUUAUUUAAUACCUUUUUUAAGAUCAUGACCAUUCACCAUAUUGCAGCUUUUCGGUUUUGGUCUUUUCCUACUAUGAGCUUCAAAGCACUGGUCUACAAAGCUACAUUGCAAAAUGCCGGUUCCACAUCAGCCUCGUAUGUCUUGAGGGACACUUACUCCAGGCUGUACCUCGCCGUAGCUCUAUGUUGGUUCAGCUACGUCAAUCGCUACGUUUUUGUUCAAUGUGACCUUCUUUAUUGCCUGUUGAGCUGGUAUGUAUGGUCUACGGUCAUUUUUCUGCUCCCUGUAAUACACUGUAUGCUUUUAUUCUCAUUGGAAUAGCAACACAACACGGAAAGAGCAAGGCAAUGCCAUGCCACUGCAGUAUCUAAACAAAGACCAGUUCUCAGCUUGACACUUAUAGGUUUAGAUAAAUCUGAACUUGCUUCACAUUACAUAAACUUUUGAAAAAGGGUGAAACAAUUGGUUUUCCUUUCUUGUGCUUUGGAUUUUAGCACAGAGAUAGAGAUUCCAGUGUGCUCAGAUGCACUUACAUUCUGGUAUUAGCCUUUUGCAUUAGUCAUACCUCAGCACUUCCUUGGAAUCAGUAAUAAAUAUCUGAUUGUUAGAUCCUGAGGUGGGAGCAAAUUUAAUCCCAUUUAUUUUUCUUUCAGUUGUGAAAAGGAAUGCUCAUAUUGAAAGCUGGAAUACCUUCUUUGUGUCUGUGUACAGGACAUUUACUCUAUUUCUCCAUUUUAUGGUAAUGCUGUUUAAUACACUCCAAAGGAAGUGUGAAAUAGAAAAUGCUGAUUUAUAUUACCUAAGUCCAUGUAAUUAAAUAUUAAAUAGGUGAAUCCGCGCUACUGUGUCAAAUGGUGUGAUGCACCGAGAAACCCAGAUAAUGGUGUAUUAGAUAUGGUGAUCUGAGAUUUGUUUUUUUGUGAGAUUGAUCAUUGUAGCCAUGAUUUAAGAUUAAGAUUAGAUCACAAAAUAUUUUACAUAUGGAGGCAAAAUGUUUCAGCUUAAUGCUUGGUGCACCUGUUCCUACCUUUUGUCUGAUUGCCAGUCAAACCGGUUUAUACUAAAUGAAAAAGAUGUUCCUAAUCUUGCUGUAUAAAUAACUUAGAGCUUCCCUCAGAAAUGCCUCUUUGUGAAUACCUUUGUGGUUUUAGACAACAGAAAAUCGCCUUUAAAUUGCCUGUUGUUGCCUUUUUGUUUCUAUUGCAACUUUUCUUUUGAAAAACUGGACAAACAAGAGAGAACAUAUCAAAGAUAGUCCAGACUUUGAAAGUAAUAUGAUGUAUUUAACAUUUUGAAUACUGAAGAUCAAGUAAGAUUUUAACUGAUAUAGCUUUAAGAGAGAUCCAUCUUUUUUAUGCCAGAGGAUUUUUGAGAAAACCCUUUUAAAAGGAGCUAUGCUAAAAAUCUGAUGUUGAGCUUUCUUAAUGAUUUUGCUAUGGAUUCAGUGUUGUUCAUUUUACAAGUACAUGUACUUAAAUGCGUAUUACAAUUUCUGUUUGAUUUCAAUUAUGUAUAUACGCCCCCGCCCCCGCCCCCCCUUUUGCCGUCUGGCGAUGAAUACCACUGAAUGCAGCACAUUUCUAAAAUGCAAACUCCAACAUCUGUCACUCUGCCAAUUUCAUUACAUUUCCUCUGAUCAUAAAACUAAGCAAAUCUAA